CUGAACUUCACGAUAUAAUAAUAAUCAUGACAUUUACAGAGUUAUUCACACUAGCUAUAUCCAAGAGCAUAAAUGUUCAUUUCAAUCGCUAAAAACAACUGUUUGUGAUUUUGUUUUUUCAAUCGCGAAAUGCCACAUUAGCGGGAUCAAUCUGGACCGUCUGGUUUAUUAAACUCUUUUUGCACCCUGAACUGCUGUAACCCGGUUGUACCGGAGGGGAGCGAGUAAGUGCCAUGGCUGCCCAGGCACGAGCUCUCGUAGCAGCGCGAUGGCUCGCGGACGCCGUCAGAAGCAACCGCGUGGGAGCAAAUUUGCGAAUAUUAGACACGUCUUGGUAUUUACCUAAAGUGAAACGUAAUGCGAGGGCCGAGUUUCAACAAACUCACAUCCCCGGAGCUUCGUUUUUCGACAUCGACGGUUGUUGUGACAAAAGCUCCGAGUUUGAUCACAUGAUGCCCACCGAGGGCGAGUUUGCAGACUACGUCGGUAAUUUGGGCAUAGGGAACAACACGCAUGUGGUCGUUUACGAUGCCAGCGACUUUGGCUCGUUUUCUGCACCACGGGUAUGGUGGAUGUUUAGGGCUUUUGGACAUAAUUCGGUGUCAGUUCUGGACGGAGGGUUCAAGAACUGGUUGCGGGAGGGUCAUCCCGUUACCGAGCAGUACACUGAACCAGAGCGCACCGAGUUCAAUGCUUGCUUAAAGGGGUCAUGGGUCAAAACUUACGAGGACGUUCUGAAGAACAUAAAAACACAGAAAUGUCAAGUUGUUGACGCUAGAGCCAAUGGGAGAUUUCGUGGAGUUGAACCUGAGCCAAGAGCAAACACAGAGCCUGGUCAUAUCCCUGGCUCUGUUAACAUGCCCUUUACCAGCUUCAUGGACUCAACAUCAGGUCUGGAACUUCCUGUAGAUGAACUCACCAAGCUCUUCCAGCAGGCUGGGGUUGACCUGCAGAAGCCAUUCUGGGUUACAUGUGGCUCAGGUGUGACCGCCUGUCACAUCGCCCUCGCUGCUCAUCUGUGCGGCCACCCGGGCGUGUGUUUGUAUGAUGGGGCGUGGGCUGAGUGGUUCACCAAGGCUGCACCAGAACAUGUGAUUUCUGAGGGCAAAGGAAAACAGCCAUGAGCUCAAUAGAGAUAGUGGCUGAGUUCAGAAUGGCAUACCAUCAUACUACUUGUACCAUUUCUGCCAUAAAUAGUAUGCCAUUCCGAACACAGCCAUUUUAAAUAUUUCCAUGAAGCCUCUAGUAUGCAAUUAAAACCACAUACAAUGAGAAUCAAUAUACAGUUUAUUUGAUAUUUUUAUAUAAAUGUAAUGGGUACAAUGUGAAUUUGAUGUU